AUGCACAACUCAUCAAUUAACUACAAUCUUUACUUUUGUUUUUUUUGGUACUACAAAUUCUUGACAUUCAAAGUUUCAGAUCUAAUGUCAUAUAUUCAAACUAGACUUCUCCAUAGUUUCAUCCAAGCAAAAAAUGUUUUAAUAAAAAUUGUGCUACAAGUGGAAAUACAUGAUGAUAAAACAAAGAAAAAAUCCAUGAAGGCGGUCUCUAAUAUUUCAGGAGUUGAGUCAGUGUCUUUAGAUAUGAAGGACCAGAAAUUAACCUUAACUGGAGACAUAGAUCCAGUGCAAGUAGUGACAAAGUUGAGGAAGUUGUGCCUUCCUAAAAUAUUAUCUGUUGGACCAGCCAAGGAGCCUAAGAAAGAAGAGAAAAAGAAGGUUACAGAGGAGAAAAAGGAUCAAAAUAAAAAGUCAGAAGCACCUGGUGCUGUGAAGGUUUGUGAAGCCUAUCAUUAUCCUAUGAUGAUAGCUCAGCCACAAUACUAUUACACUAGUGUGGAAGAGAAUCCUAAUGCAUGUGUUGUCUGUUAA